GGCUGAGAUGAAAGGAUUUAUUGACGAUGCAAACUACUCCGUUGGCCUGUUGGAUGAAGGAACAAACCUUGGAAAUGUUAUUGAUAACUAUGUUUAUGAGCAUACCCUGACAGGGAAAAAUGCAUUUUUUGUGGGAGAUCUUGGAAAGAUUGUGAAGAAGCACAGUCAAUGGCAGAACAUAGUGGCUCAGAUAAAGCCGUUCUAUACGGUGAAGUGCAACUCCACUCCAGCUGUGCUUGAGAUUUUGGCAGCUCUUGGAACUGGAUUUGCUUGUUCUAGUAAAACUGAAAUGGCUUUAGUGCAAGAAUUGGGUGUAUCUCCAGAAAACAUCAUUUACAUAAGUCCUUGCAAGCAAGUGUCUCAGAUAAAGUAUGCAGCAAAAGUUGGAGUUAAUAUCAUGACAUGUGACAAUGAAGUUGUUGCACGUAACCACCCAAAUGCCAAGGUCUUACUACAUAUUGCAACAGAAGAUAGUAUUGGAGGUGAAGAGGGUAAUAUGAAGUUUGGCACUACCCUGAAGAACUGUAGGCAUCUUUUGGAAUGUGCUAAGGAACUUGAUGUCCAAAUUAUAGGAGUUAAAUUUCAUGUUUCAAGUGCUUGCAAAGAAUCUCAAGUAUAUGUACAUGCUCUAUCUGAUGUGCGAUGUGUGUUUGACAUGGCUGGAGAAUUUGGCUUCACGAUGAACAUGUUAGACAUUGGUGGAGGCUUCACAGGAACUGAAUUUCAAUUGGAAGAGGUUAAUCAUGUUAUCAGCCCUUUGUUGGAUGUCUACUUUCCUGAAGGAUCUGGCAUCAAGAUAAUUUCUGAACCUGGAAGCUACUUUGUGUCUUCUGCGUUUACACUUGCAGUUAAUAUCGUUGCAAAGAAAGUUGUUGAAAAUGAUAAGUUCUCCUCUGGAGGAAAGACCGGAAGUGAUGAACCAGCCUUCAUGUAUUAUAUGAAUUAUGGUGUUUAUGGUUCUUUUGCAAGUAAACUGUCUGAGGACUUAAAUACCAUUCCAGAGGUUCACAAGAAAUACAAGGCAGAUGAGCCUCUGUUUACAAGCAGCCUUUGGGGUCCAUCCUGUGAUGAGCUUGAUCAAAUUGUGGAAAACUGUCUUCUUCCUGAGCUGAAUGUGGGAGAUUGGCUUAUCUUCGAUAACAUGGGAGCAGAUUCUGUCCAUGAACCAUCUGCUUUCAAUGAUUUUCAGAGGCCAGCUAUUUAUUACAUGAUGUCCUACAGUGAUUGGUAUGAGAUGCAAGAUGCUGGGAUCACUUCAGACACAACAAUGAAGAGCUGCUUCUUUGUGCCUUCUUGCAUUCAGCUGAGCCAAGAAGACAACUUUCCCACUGAAGCUUAAGCAGGCAUUAACGCUUCUGUAGAUCUGAAGUUGCAGGUUAAUAAGCUUGUCUGGUCUACAUUCCAGUGUGGAAAAAAUUUAAACAAUCUUAUUCUGUUAAUUCUCUUGGAAACAAAAACUACUAGUAAUAACUAUUUGGGACCAGACAAAAUCAGCUCUAUAAUUCACUGGGGUAAUUGGGAGAUUAAGAUAAUGUAUCCAGAUUUAAACCUACCAGUUUGCCCUACCCCUUAAGCGUUUAAAAUAAAAUAUGCAACAAAAUGGAUGACUUAGUGGAGAUGGAAGCCCAUUAAUUGGGUUCCCCAUUAAACCGUUUACA